GUUAUCCUCUGCGUAUUUAUCGGAGCAUACGAGUCCCAAUCGGGAUUUUGGUUAAAUUUUAUGUGAGUAUAUAUAGGCAUGAUGAUCUUAGCAUUAUCUGUGGCUAGACAAAACCUAAGCAAAGCUUUCUAUCAUUCUCUCUGUUGUGGUUCAUCAAUCGUUUCCUUUAUAUGUCUUUAUCUCUUGAUCUCUCUACUCAAACCUAACUUUGAGCAAGUUUGAUUUUAUUUUUUUCAGGUUGAUCACUGAUCCUUAGCAGCAGCAACAGCACCAAUCUUUGACCGUGGCUAUGGAUCCUACGAUUAAGACUAACAGAACUGGUCUAUCCGAAACCACACUGCGCGCUCUGCGCAAAUCAUCUCCAGGAUCUUUAGGAGUGCCUAAACUGAGUCAGAUAAUGACAAAAUCUGAACCUAACUCUCCUGCACCGACCCGUCUUUCACUUGACCGCUCUCCUGCUAACAGGUCUCGUAAGGCUCCAACCCCACCAGAAAAAACUCGUACACGGAGUGUGAAUGGAUCAUCAGAAUCAUCACAACCUCGGUCGAUCCAACUUAAGGAAGAUCUAAGAAAAGCUAAUGAGCUGAUAGCAUCCCUCGAGAAUGAACUUGAACAAGUGCGGGAAGAGUCACUCGAGAAACUCUACGAGGCUUUAGAAGCUCAAAAAACGGCUAAGGAGAGUUUCGAGAUUGAAAAAUUCAAGGCCGUUGAAGCAGGAGUAGAGGCAGCUCAUUUAAAAGAAGAAGAACUAAAGAAAGAACUCGAGAUCGUCAAGAACCAGCACGCUUCAGACUCGGCCGUUCUUCUUUUAGUAACCCGGGAGCUAGAUAAAGUUAGCUUAGAAUUGGCUAAAGCUGACGAUGCCAAGAACAUGCUUAUGCAUCAAGCAGAUGAUGCUAGCAAGAGGGCUGCUAUUUUGAAAAGCGAGCUUGAGAAUGCGAGAGGUUUUAAAGCUGAGGUUAAAAAACGAGAUAAGAUCAUCGAGAAGCUUGAUGGUGAGAUAGAAGUUUUGAAGAUGGACAAGUCUUACGCGGACGGGUCUGCUGACCAGUGGUGCAACAAAACCAUAGUAUUAGAGAGACAGCUGGAGGAAGCCAACACGAUGAAGAGAACCGCCUCGGCGUCUCUUGCAUCCCUGACGAAGCAGCUGGAAGGAAGCAAUAAAAGAUUGCGCGCUGUGGAGUCUGAGGUGACUGAUCUCAAGGAUAAGGCCAAGUUGAUGGCGAAGAUGGGGCUUAGGCAAAGCCAGGAUCUCGAGAGAUCAGGACAGAUGCUAGAGGCUGCGGAAGAAGAGGCAGUGAAACUGAAGAGUGAGGUUGAAACUGUGAAUGAGGAGAAAAGUAGAAUCUCGUCAGAGCUGGAGAGGACUAAAGAGAAGUUGUUGAGUCUAGGUGGUCGAGAUUACGAGACGCAACUAGAACAUUACAAGAAGAUGUUUGAGGAGGCGAGGCUUGAGAUCGAUGUACUCGUCAGUGCCUUGGAGCAGACCAAGAUGAGAGAAGCUGGUUUGGUGAAUCACGUGAAGAAGUUUGAGGAAGAAGUUUGUUCGAUGGGGAAAGAGAUUAAUAGGUUGGGUGGUUUGGUUAAAAGGACUAAGGAAGAAGCUGAUGGAGCGUUGAAGAAAGAAUCUGAGAUGAGAGAUGAUCUUAAAGAAGUGGAAGAUGAGGUGAUUUAUCUUCAGGAGACUCUAAGGGAAGCGAGGGGUGAAAGCUUGAAGCUAAAUGCGAAGAUGUUGGAUAAAGAAACUGAGUUUCAAAGCGUUGUUCAUGAAAAUGAUUUACUCGUGAAGAAGAUCAAGGAGUUAGAGGAAGCAUUGGCCAAGAAACAUAGUGAGCUCAGUGAGAGCGAACAAGACUAUGAUUUAGUAGAAAACCUUGAUGGCAUGAACGUGAAACUUGAGGAGAAGAGAGAAGAGAAGGAAGAUUCUUCAGAUGGUAAUGAUGAUGAUGAUGAUGCAGUUGAAGUUGAAUAUAGUAUGUGGGAAAGUUAUCAUACUGGGAAGAAAGAAGCUUUCCACAAGGGGAAAUAAAACGUCUCUAAGGUUACUUGCAGUUUUUUUUUGGUGGUGUUGUGGAAUCUGACUUAUUACAUAUACAGAGGCACACACAUCACUCUUUAUCGUUUUUGACUCCAUAAGUGUUCUGUCUUUUCUUUUUUUUUAUGGCUUUUGAAAUAGGUUUUUGUUUAGUUGGACUAAUAUGAUUGUUUUCUUUUUUCGAUUAUUUUGGCCUUUACUGUUUUCUUUGUUCUUGCCUCAUCAACAAACUCU